GCAGCCAAUCAGCAGGUACGGCGGCGGCGGCGGCGAGUCUCGGCGGAUCCCGGGCGCUGAGUUAAGAAAAUGAGGCAGAAGGAAGUGUUAACCAAGACCUUCCAAGGCCCAGCCAUUGUCUGUAGGACUCCGACCAGCCACGUUUACAUGUUUGAGAACGGUGGUGGGGACUCAGGGGACUCCUCUGAGGAAGAGUCCCACCGCGUGGCUCUGCGGCCCCGGGGCAAGGAGCGCCAGAAGAAGGGUGCCCCCCACCCUCACCAGCCAGGAGCAGGGGACGUGGUGCUGCUUCAGCGGGAACUGGCCCAGGAGGACAGCCUCAACAAGCUCGCUCUUCAGUAUGGCUGCAAAGUCGCAGAUAUCAAGAAAGUCAACAACUUCAUCAGAGAACAAGAUUUAUAUGCUUUGAAAUCUAUUAAGAUCCCAGUGAAAAAUCAUGGGAUCCUAACAGAGACCCACAAAGAACUCAGACCCAUCCCAAGCCCAUCCUCAGAGACUAGAGUGACCUUCGAGGAGCUGCCAGACCCAGACAGGGCAGCUGUAGGCGCCAGUGCCCUGUCCAGCCCACUGACGGAUUUCUUUAAGGGCAUUGACCAGAAUAUUGAGCGCGCCGUGCAGUCAGAAAUCUUUUUAAAUGAAAGUUGCUGUGGAGAGACCUCCAGUCAGCCGCUGCUUCCAGCGCCUCCGAAGACCCCAACAAACGGUGCAGACUGUGGGAUUCAGUGGUGGAAUGCUGUUUUUAUCAUGCUUCUAAUUGGGAUUGUUUUACCAGUGUUUUAUUUGGUCUAUUUUAAAAUACAGGCUACUGGCGAGAUCCCCAGCGGCUUGAACACAACCACUGUCCCCAACGGCUCGAUGACCGUGAGUGCAGUUCCAGGGCAAGCCCCCAGAGUAGCCGUCCCAGUGCCAACCAUCCCCUUUUCAGACAGCCAGUUCAGUCAGACCACCCGGGCAGGGAACUAGCCAUCGUUGUUCCUAAAGAGUCCGGCCAGUGUCAGCAUUUGACCUCCUAACAUGCAUCACCUGCCAUCGGCCAGAGCCUUGGGUGCCGCAUUUCCUUUUCUGUGACAUACGGACACGUUUCAGAAAACACCAUUGUGUUCUCAGUAACACUCACCUUGGGGAGUAGGCUUGCCUAACCCAAGGCUGUGGGAGCCAAAACACCAGCACCCUCAGCCUCCUACAUCCAGAAGUUAACAGCAAGAGAAACAUUUUCACGUGGCAGGUGCCACUUCUUGAAGGUAUGUUGUGGACUGGCACUGUGUGGGCCCUCAAGUUGGAUGUGUUCGGAAGUUGAAGAGCGGCCUUGGACCUUCAGUGUGGGAGCCUCUGGGGUCAGCUUUGGUCACUUGGCUGUGUGCGGUGUCCCCUGCCUGCUGUGAAGGGAUGACCAACUGACAAAUGAUGUUCUUUGUCUCCCUGGCAAAGGAGCUGUCCAGUAGCGUUGAGUAUCACCCUGUUUUGGAGUCUGACAGAUAACCAUUGUAACUGGCCCUACUUCAUAUUUGCCCCACUAGUUAGCUUUUUUGAGGCAGUGUCCUUUCUAGAAUUGAAAAUGCCCUAAAUCCAAAUUGCUCUAAUAUUGAGUAAACGGCGGUUCUGUUCUUUGUAGUUCCAGAGCUAACUUAGUGACACACAGGCCUGUUUUAAGCUGCUGCAUGGUGUGUCCAGCAUGUCUUGGCUGGAACACUUGGGGCUGUUGCUCAGUUUCACCUGGGGUGUAUUCUCACUGCAGUGGCUAACCAGAUUCCCUAAGUUAGCAUUCUUAGAAGGAAUUGUUGCCAGUGUCUGGAGCUGAGUAGGUGCAGAGAGAAGAAUGAGUGCCUAUCACCGAGGUCCCAAUGUGUGAUGCUUCUAAGGCUGAACAGUCACCAGUCCAGUGUUGCUGAGAGCAGCAGCCCCUGUGUGUACCUGGAAGGGAAGUGCAGGGAGGAUGGGUAUGCUUCCUGCAGCUUCCUUGAUUCUAAGGAAUUCUAGAACCAUUGCACUAGAAAGGGACUCAGUGUUUUUCUUUGGGUAAAUACGCUCUCUGUAUAGUGCAGCUUAUGAUGUUAAAGACCAAACACUUAAUGGAGGGCCUCAUGGUGACCCUUGCCGUGGAGGCCAUUAAAGAGGGGUCAGGCACCCAUCAGCCUGAGGUUUUCCUGUCUCUUCUACACAGCAGCAGUCGUGCUCAAUGUGGAGGCUCCGGAGAGUCCCGGGUCAGCCUCUGAGGCCUUGCAGGUGCAGCAGGGGUGUGUGGGGUGAGGGUUGAGAGCCUGCGUGGCCAGAACCCAUCUCGGUCCCAAGGAAGAGUGGAAAUGGGCUUACGUGGUUGGUGGCUUAACCUCGGAGAAGUCUGCCACCAGGGAUGAAGACCCACUGCACAGAUAGGGAGCUUUGAGUGUGAUUUAUGUCAUUUGACACAUCAGACCUAGAGAUAAAUUGAGAAGAUUUCAUCGUGUAAGAGGAGGGUACUUGAGAUGGGCUUCUAAUUUUUCUCCUCUCAGCUAUGUGAAAAAUGACUUGCCCUGGGUUCAAUUAGUAAAUUUAAAGUAUCUUCAAAGUUAAAUGUUUUCUUCAAAACCACAGUGGUCUUCACGAUAAAAUGAGCUUGUGAAUCUUUGCUCCAGGAAAUGUUUUGAUCAUGUGAAUGCUCUUCCAGCCAAAUGUCUGUGCUCACUGUGCCCCUGGAGGCCACAGGUUUCUCUAAUGUGUCACCAUUAACUUCACCAGGCAGAGCUGAGUCCCAUGGGAAAAUGGCUUUUGCCAGGCAAAGAAUAAUUAUCUGUAUCCUUUACUUUUUUCAAAUGGAAUAAAAUAAUUUCUUCUGUGAAGGAAAA